AUGACUGCGUGUUGCGGCUUUCGGAUAUGGAUGGUGCUCUUCAUGUCUGGCAUUCUGACGCUGUUUCUCUACAUAAAUGCCAUGUUUGGAGAAGACGAUUUCCGAGAGAGCAAAGACCCACCAGAGAACUCCCAGGCUGAGCUGCAGGAGGCGGCAAGGACAAAAAACGUGCAGCCCGCAGCCAAGCUGAAUCUCCAGCCUCAAAUGGCGUGCCUAGCCAUGAUCUCCGUGUCUACAACAGCCAGUGAACUGCAGAUUCGUGUGGAGCACCUCAGCCGGCAGCACGAGUACAACUUUAGAAAUCGAUAUUUGAUCUUCGACACAAAAGGAGAGGACCUCAUGGGACCCAUGCAAGAAGUCGCAGACGCGCUGGUCAAGGGUAACUUCGUUGAUACCUGGAUGACCGUUGACUACUCCGCGGCGUACAAGCGUGGUGUCAACAUGUCAGCGCAGUGGGAUGACGUGGACAAGUUCCGACCAGGUACCUUCCUUGGCGCCUGGCAAGGGAAAGGAUAUGGUCUUGGGGUUCCUGGCCUGCCUCCUGGCCCAGUGGCUUUUGCGACUGGACGCCCGAGUCAGGCGGGACUGCGACCUGGUGCAGGAAGUGCACCCAUGAGCCCAGUUUCUCCGCUAGCUCCCGGUCAACCGCUGCUUGGAACGGCUGCUCUGACUUUUGCUGCGACUGCUCCUGCGAACGUAGAUGGUGGUCAAGGUGUUUCGGGCGGCCAGGCAGCGACUCAACCAUGUGGAGCCAGCAUUGCUGGCAGUGCAGCUAACGCCUUGGGAGCUGCCGGGCAACCCGGGAGCUCGUCUACAAGCCCGGGCCCUCAAGGGGUCCAGAGUGCCUUUGAGCUGUUGGGCCGAAAGGCACCCUCUGAUCGAGGCCAUUCCAGUUUGGACACAAGUGAUGCUAUCGUGCGUGCUUUGACUAUGGCUGUUUCUGGAGAAAAGAAGUUGAUGCCCUCUUGGGCAGGGAAUGCUUCAACUCUGAGGGCUUGGCUUCGGCAAUUGAGUUUCUGGGAAGUAGACAACCAGGUGCCGAAAAGCAGAUGGGGCGUGAAGCUCUUUCAGGCCUUUCCUGAAGGGAGCAUUCCUCGGCGCAUCGCGGAGGGUUUGCCUAUGGAAGUGAUCCUGUCCGAGGCUGGGUACGGUGCGAUUCUUACGGCGGUGUUAGAGAAGUUUCGGCCUUACUUGGAAGCAGCGGCUCCGGCAGCAGUGGACGCGUACUUUUACAGUGGCGAGAGACAGCGGAACGAGACCUUUUCCACCUUCAUCGCUGCAAAGGAGCUGGCGAAGCAGGAGGUCGAGAACCUCGCCGGGGAGCGCAUCCCGGACAAGAUCGCAGGGCGCAUCCUCAUGCGCCAGGCAAACUUAACAGAGGCUCAACGAGAAAGCAUGGCGAUCAAGCACAACGCCUUGUUGGGGUUUGAUGAAGUGGCUAGAGCCCUGAGGCCUCUGGAUAGGCCAGACGCGCUGUUGAAGCCGAUGACCUCCUCAUCCUUGGUGGCUGCAAUGGAGAAUGGUUCUGCUGUCACCUACUUCCAGGAGGAGGACUAUGCCGAGACACUUCCCGGAGGUUACUACGAGGAGCCGGAGGUUGACGAGCACGGCGAGCCCUACAUGUUCUACGAGGCGGACAGAGAAUAUGAUGAAGAAGAGGCCUUGUAUAUAUGGGCUUACAACGAUGCUUACAACCAGCUGCUCCUCGACAUGAACCCCGGUGAGCACUCAGCGUAUCCUGCUUACCAAGAUGUUCGACGUGAGCUGCAAGCAAGGAGGAAAGGUCGGCAGUUUUACAAGCCGACGGAAGCAAAGGGGAAAGGAAAGACCAAAGGCCGGAAGGGAGCUCCAGCCUUCCGAGGAGCGAAAGGCCGGGGACGAUCCCAAGGCCGGUUUGGCAAGGGCAAAGGUCGAGGCGGGCAUCGUGGUACUGCCGAUGACCUUUUGUCCAGAACAAGGUGCUAUGGCUGCGGCGAGCUGGGACACUUUAGCCGCGACUGUCCGAACAACCAGACGGCGAGUGCAGACCAGCGAGCGAACUUCGUGAUCAGCCAGGGGCAAGGAGCCUUGAACCGGACCUUCAUGCAUUCCAAGGCUUCCUUUAGCCCCGGCCCAAUCAGCAUCUUUGCAGGCGUCCGCACCAGUGCCGGACAGGGUCUUGUGGACAGCGCGGCCGAGGAAGGCGUGAUUGGGAGCGAGGCCUUCAGUCGUUUGAAGGCUACCUUGCAACAGCAAGGGCUCAGACCUGUCUUGGUGAAAGGGCCCACUGGUUCGUGUGCCGGCAUAGGUGGCUCGGCAGAAGUUUCGAACAUCUGGGAUGUUCCGAUUGGGGUCUGCCAGACGAAUGGUCUUCUGCGUGUCACGGAGGUGAAGGAGCUGGUGGGUAUGGUCAUUGACUACGACCGAGAGGAGGUUCGAACUCGCCAAGGUCUCAGCGAUGCCUUCGGCUACCGGGGCCGGCCAGGAAGCGCAUCGAGAGGUGCCUCGGAGGAUCUUCUUUGUGACCUCGUGCCAUGCAGCGGCGAGUGCAAGAGCUUGUGCACGGAGAGCUGGAGCAGGGCCGACGACAAGUGCGCCAUCGUGGUUCGGAUGAUUGUCACGGCUCGCGACCAGAUGGUGAUCGAUGCCUUGACGGUCGACCCAGCCCAAAAACAAUGGCCGUGCGAGCCGGAGAGAUGCGAGCAUCCGGAAGAUCAGCUUCGGAUGAGGGGCAACCAAGCCCAGUACUGGUGGGUGUGCCUGAGCUGCGGGAGUCGAUGGGAGCGAACCGAGGCAGCAGUGGCGAUUGCAGGACAGGGUGCUGUGCCCGAGCGAGUGAAGCCUGUCUAUCGAACUACAGCACCCCCAAAACUGCUGCCACCGCCUCGGUCUCGCAACGACCUCGGCACCCUCACUUUGGAGCAAGCCAGGAUGGCACCGGCGACUUCGGCCUCCUCGACUCCUCCAAAGUCGUUUUCGGCUACCAGAGCAACCGGACCAGGGGCAAGCAACUCGGCCUACCCGGACAAAACGAUUCUCCGCAAGGCCAUCCACAAGGCGAACGCAGGGGCGAAGGAGUAUCCGGACACGAUGUUCACCGAGGAGCCCGACUAUGGAAGCCAGAAGGAGCCCGAAGCCAGCAAGAGCCAAGGGUCAAGUUCGAUGAGAGCGUUGGCCCUCUUUCAACCAGGUUCCCCGGUCAAGGACCUGGAGAGAGUCGAUGCGCGAGGUUUGAGGACAGCGACCACGACGGAGUGGGCCCAUGAGGGCGACAACUCCUCGACGGUCCCGAAGCCUGCCGGCAGGGGUCAAUCCAAUUCAGGAGAGGUCCCGUCGCCGUCAGGUGCACUUGCAGGAGAGCCAACCGAGCUCUAUGCGAUCGACGACAGCGACCAGGAGGAGCGAAUGGACAAGACGCCGUCCUCCUUUGCGAUGGUCGACCCGGCGGAGCAGGUGCAGCAAGCAAUGGCACGAAGAGGCUACAAGGUUGCGUGUGGUCUCGCAAUUCUUCUUUCAACGCUGGGACAACCACCACCUUUGGCAGCUUCUCCGAGUACGAAGUUGCCUUUCGAACGGCUGGAGGAUGCCGGGUUCAGAGUACGACGACCUCUACCACGGCUCUUUCUUUUGCAGUUCGGUGUGCACUUUGCCCCGACCCCUGAAGACCUUCGUUGUGAACAAGCUGGAGCAAGCGUGUUGUGGUGCACCAAUCAACGAUGGGACUACGAUGUCAAGAACGGCCACAACGGUAUCUACUACCACCACUUCCUUGCAUCAACCAGGAAAACAACGAUCUACACCAACGAGGGUCCCGAAGACUUUAUGUACUACAAGGUGCUUCCGGUCAUGACACAGGUCACAGAUGGCGAUCUCCAGGAGACAUGUCCAGCGUUCGUUACCGGCAUGGUGCAGGGCAGCAGUCGAGCGACGCAAGGUCUUCUCCGCCAGCUUCCAUCAGCCACGGCGGCCGUGGCGAUUCACCUGGUGAUGCCGGGACCCAGCCUCAACAUCCUCACUAAUGAUAAGACACUGGUUCGGAUUUUCGAAGCAGUUGCUUGGCACAAGUGCGGGUGGGUGUCCUCGGAUCCAGAAGAGCUGGAGUGGUGUGUUCGGGCCUUUUUGGAGUGCUUAUGUCACCCAGGUGUUCUCCAUGGCAACGACCACCCCGCUAAGCCAGCUGUUCAGGCCACGGUGGACAAACAUCGGCACUCCUUUGAUGCCUUGGUGCAAGCUGUGCAACUUCAGACGGCGGCUACUUUCCGCGCUUCGGUUGCUUCUUCUUUUGGGGAGAGCGAGGAUUCUAAGGUUUUCGCGGCUUUUGCGGAGAAUGUGGCAGCGAACACCUCUCGAAUGGUUCGUGGACCAACCUCGCGAGCUUCGUUUCCUGCAGCAGUUGAACCCGAGAUGGAGUCAGGAUUGCAGGGAGAAGAAGAAGAUGAAGCCGUACAAGAAGUGCGAGGGGCUCUCCGACCUGUCACGGAGAAUAGCCAAGUCGCUGCUGCAUUGGAGAAGGUUGAGGACUUCAGGAAGCACGAGCCGACUGGAAGGUUUUCUCUACACCCUUCAUUACGGCGAGAGCUCUUCAAAGUUCACCGGAACCUCAACCAUCCUGCGAAGGAUGUGUUUUUGCGUGCUCUCCGACACUCCGGAGUACGCGAAGAUGUGCUGCAGUGGGCGAAAGAGUUCUUCGUGUGCCCGCUUUGCGAAGCGGCCAAGCAGACAUUGCCCGCGCGUCCGGCACAUUUAGCGAAGGCCCUCGAAUUUAACGCAGUGGUCGCCAUCGACUUAUUCUAUCUGAGUCUCUUUGGCACUGAAAGGAUCUUCUUGUUGUGCCUGGACCAUGGGACCGGGUACCUCCAGGUGGUCCAAUGCGAAGACGCCAAGGCCCUCACGGUGAGACGUGCAUUCAACAAGUUCUGGAUUGCUCCGUAUGGUGUUCCGGAGGUGUUGAUUUGCGACCAAGGGCCGGAAUUCGCCGGAGAACAGUUUGUGGAGUUUGUGUCGCAGAUGGGUGCAGCGGUACACUUUACAGACGCCGCCUCUCCUUGGAAAAAUGGGAGAGCUGAGAGAGCAGUGGGCACCUUUAAGCGAAAGCUCAAAGUGGUUCUGCAGGAGACGUCCGCAUCCUCUGAAGAGCUGGACUGCGUGGUGGCACAAGUGGUGGCUGCGCAUAACAGCCUGUCUGACCGCCGCGGGUAUUCACCCAACCAGCGGCUAUUUGGCCGAUCUCUGAGAUUGCCGGGUUCCUUGAUGGCAACGGACCGGUGGGAUCAGGAGAUGAUUAAGGCGGCCGCUGGAGAUGUUGUUCAGCGGAGUUGGGCAAUUCGUGACGCUGCCCGGGCGGCCUGGAUCAAAGAGGAUGAUGUGACGGCGGUCCACCGAGCUUCAGCAGCCCAGACUCGGCGCUCGGAUGUCCACGCCUACAGUUUCCAGCCAGGCCAAUGGGUUUUCGUUUGGCGAAAGACAGGAAGCAGGUACGGCUGGGUUGGGCCAGGCGCUCUCCUGGCAAUGACCCCGGGUGGCAACACUUGGUGGGUCAACAUGAGAGGACGGUUGUGGAAAGUGUCAGCCGAGCAGCUGCGGCCAGCUUCUAGUGAAGAAGACCUUGGGGCCGCUCUUGUGCUAGAGCUGCACCGGGAUCUCCUCGACCAGAUCCGUCAGGGAGUCCGAUCGGGAUAUGAGGAUGUCACUCAAGAAGGAGAACCACCUCUUGACGAGCUGGAGGAACUGUUUCCAGACGUGUUUGGCGAGGACGACAGGCCAGAGCUACCACAACCUGAAGGUCGCCCGGAAUCUGCAGGGGACCGACCUGCUGACGACCUCACCACCACUGCGGGCGACAACUACAGCGAGAGGCCUCUUCCGUCCGAGCCCAACCUCAGCAGGAGACACAGCGCUGCGUCGGUUCCUGUGGACGGCAACCAAGGUGAACCCCAGAGAAGCUCAAGUUCUCCAGCCACGGCACCGUCCUCGUUGCCAGAUCGUCCACCUAUCCGAGUGGAUGAAGCUAGCAGUGGAUCUAUGCUGCUGGGACCGGUGCGCGAGCGACGUGGGCCACCAGUACACAACCCCUACUUUGCGAAGGAGACCUUCUUGGAAGAGGAGAUCAAGCCUUCCGUGUACCUCGAGGUGAUGGCCUUUGACCAGCCAGACGUUGGCGGCAGCAACUUCCUGACAAGCAAAGGACCGAAGUGGACUCGACUGACCACCUCGGGCCGCACCCACCUGGAGCCUCUGAAGCCUCAGACUACGUUUGGGUGCCAGGAAGCCGAGGCAAGCUUUUGCGAGCGGGACAAGUGCCUGUACCUGACUAAGGCCAAAACGUCCUUUGGACAAGUCGAGUUCUCUAAGCUCCAGGGUGAGGAACGAGAGACUUUUCGCAAGAGCCGGGCCAAAGAGAUGGAAUCGCUUCUGGCAAACAAGGCGAUCCGGGUGCUAUCGCUCAAGGAGUCGGAAGAGUUCCGGAGGAACCACCCCGACUACGUGCUUGAGUCAAGGUUCGUGGAUCGCUACAAGCCCGUCGCGAUCUCUCCGGCGGACAUCGAGAAGGCCAAGAAAGCGGCGAUGGACAACGAAGACCUGGAGCCCCUGGAGAUGACCGAGGACAGAAGUCAGCCAAAGUCCCGCUGGUGUGUAGUGGGCUGGGCAGACCCACAUGUGCAUCAGAUCGAGCGAUCGGCUCCUACGCCUUCGAGUGCAGCAGUGAACACCGUGCUGCAAGUGAACGCCAGCCGCAGAUGGACCACGUACGUUAAAGACGUGAAAACUGCGUUUCUGCAGUCGCGGCCGACUAGCAGAAAAACCCCUCUUGCUUGCAAUCAACCCCGUGAUGAAUGUUUGCCCGGAUUGGAUCCAAGGCAGCUCAUUUUGCUCUUAACUGAGAUUUACGGGUUGGUUAGCGGCCCCUCCUGGUGGCGCUCCAGUUUUCUGCAACGGACUGGCAAGCUGGGGUACCGUGUGUGUCCGUACGAACCGUGUGUGCUGGUGCUGCCCGCCGUAGAACCUCAACAGCCUACGCAAGGACUUCUGGUCGUUGAGGUGGAUGACGUGAUUGAGGGCGGAGAUGAACGGCAUCGCAAGCUGAUGGCCACUCUGGAGUCCGAGAUCACCUUCGGCAAGGUCAUCAACUUGCAGCAGGCCGAGACCAGCUACGCCGGGAAGUCCAUCAAGCAGCUCGAGGACUUUUCCUUUGUCAUGCACAUGGAUGAGUACAUCUAUACUCGCAUGUCGCCCAUCGCCAUGGCGAGGAAAGUACUCAAGAAGGACGUGCCAAACGUCAAGCUGGACGAGAACGAAAAGUCGCAACUUCGAGGUGUGUUGGCCACCUUGACGUGGGUUGGCAGAGAGGCUAGGCCAGAUGCUGCGGCUGCAAGCAGCAUCCUGGCAUCAACGUUUCCCGAGCCAACGGUGGAGGUGAUCUACAUGGCGAACGACAUGGUGCGGCAGCUGAAGCAGCACCCGGUGAAGCUUCGGAUUCACUCGAUUCCUGAAGAUCGGGUACGGAAUCUGCUGAUCAGCGAUGCCGCGUUCGACACCUCCGGCCGGGAAAAGUCACAGCAUGGCUACUUGUUGGGGUUUACCAACGACGAGCUCAACCUCGGCAAGGUCGCUCCUGUUAGUUUGAUGCUUUGGAGAUCGCGUCGACUGAGACGAAAGGCUGCGAGCUCAAUGCUGUGUGAAGCUCUGUCCCUGUCAGCAGCUACUGGAUGCUUGGAAAAGCAGGACGCUUUGUGGGACGCUCUAUGGCUGUCCAACUACGAGCCGCGACAGAGACAGCGCCAGGAAGCUGAAGUCUUGGAGCUGCAGGGGCGAUCCACGGUGAUCUCCCACGAGUCCGAGCUGUUUCGCGAUCCUCGAAGUGUGGUAGUGAUCGACGCGAAAGCCUUGUAUGACAGUCUUCUCAACGACCAAGCUGGUGAGUGCGAGCGGUCGAACCUCGAGGUGGCAGUGAUCAAGGAGAGUCUGCAAGUUUGCCGAUCUCGAGUGCGCUGGGUUCCGCAUAAUUUUAACCCGGCCGAUUCUUUGACGAAGUAUCCGGGGGCGCACCUUGAGCCAUUGGUGCGACUGCUUAAAGCUUCGACCUUUAAGGUCACUGACGAGCAGCAAACGCUGCAGGGCGGCAGACAAGGCCUGAACAGGCAGAAGAAUCAAUCUUGGGAGGAUGCUCCAGAUUGGAGUCCAGAAAUCAGCUGUCAGUUUACAGCUGCUGUGAAGGAGGCGAUGCAGGCGCUCCGUGAUAACGAGGGGCUCGUGCUGAUCAUUCCCUCCUUCCCGGGCAUCGCGUCGCGCAGAGUACGACCUCGGCCCACCACCAGGCCUAUUUCCAAAUUCUUCAAUGAGCAGCUCAAAGGAGAUGUUAAGCUGGAAGACACUACUUGCCAGCAUCCCUUCACUCUGCCAGGCAGAUCUUGCUUGGUGGACAUCCACAGAUACCGGCGGCUCCCAGGGCGAAGUCAAAUUUUUGAGUAUCGUUGUGGGGGCCAACUCGUUCGAGGGAUUCCCUGCAGAUCGCUCAAGUACGUCAGAAAGUGUGGCGGCUUGCGGACUUGGGAAGCUGCAGUGGAGUGUGUGAUCUGCAACAGCGAGAACACACGACAGGCUCACCUCAGCAACUGGCAGAAGUCUUGGGUGCAGCAUGCCCCGUUGACCUCUGUGAGGUAUGAUAUGGCCAGGCUGAAGUCAGAUGUUAUUAUCAUCGAAGCCGGAAGGGAAGCUGCCGACAUGGGCUCCGAGUACAAGGGGCUCGUUCCAUAG